AUGUCGCUCCAGGUGAACCUGUCGUCACCUGCGAUUCGUGACGCAUACGAGAAGGUACUCGAUGGCAUCAUUGACUACGUGGUGCUUUCAUACAAAAAGCUUUCAAACGAUUUGGACGUCGCCGCUGCGACGAAAGGCUCUUUGGACGACCUUGUCGACGAAUUCUCUGAUGGCAAGGUCCAGUACGCCCUUGCGCGUGUGAGCGAUCCAAAUACAAAGCUUGCCAAAUUUGUGUUAAUCAACUGGUGUGGUGAAGGAGUACCAGAAAACCGUAAAGGGCUCUUUGCGCCUCACAGCGCCACUGUUGCUGACUACUUCAAAGUGUACCAUGUAUCGAUUCAAGCCCGUUCUGAGGAUGAUCUUGCUCCAAACGAAAUCUUGCGCAAGGUCAUGGAUAGUAGUGGCAGCAAGUAUGGAACAGCAAGUUCGCGUGCUUCUGAGCCAAUUGCGCCUGUCGGCACAGCACACAAACCCGUCGGUACGCCUGAUAUUCGUGGCAUGCAGGCCAAGGCACCCAAGCCUCGGGACGACCAGGCUCCGACACCCGUGGUAUGUUCCUGGCUUUUUUUAUAUCCCCUUGAUCUCACUAACUGUUAG